AUGAACCAAUCUUCUCCUUUUACUUCUUCAUCUCAUGAUGAAGAGUUAUUAUCAGAUCAAUCAUCCUUUCUUUCUUCCCCUUCAGACGAUGACUGGUUGUUUUCGGGUUCCGAUCAAGAAUUUGUAUUGGGUUCUGAUCAACAAUUAUUAUCAGGUUCAGGUUCCGAUCAAGGGUUUAUAUUUGAUUCUGGUAAAGGGGAUCAUCAAAAUGGUCUGGAAAAAGAAACUAAGUGUGAGAUAAGUGUAAAUGAAAGACAACAUCAUGAAGAUGUGUGUUUUCAAGACAAAAGUAACAAUAAUUUUAAUUGUGACGAAGAUAUUGAAGAACCAAAGGGGUUUGGAGUGUAUAAAAGGUCUUCACGGAAGUCUUAUACCGAUGAUGAGAAAAAAUAUGCCACUGUUUCAUGUAAUAGGGCUGGGAAGUCGGUAUCUAAAUCGAAAAAUAUUUUGAAUCCUCGGCCUCUUUCCAAAACAAAUUGUCCAGCAAAAGUUAAUGUGGUUCUUGGCAUUAAUAAAAAAUGGAAUGUGUCAAAAGUUGAGCUAAAACACAAUCAUCCGUUUAGUCCAAGCAAAGGACGUUUUUAUCGGUGUCAUAGGGUCGUAAACCGAAAUGUUAAAAGACGACUUGAGAUCUAUCAAAGAGCUGGAGUAAGAAUGAACAAGGGUUUCAAUACCUUUGUCGUGGAGAAUGGGGGAUAUGAAAAUGUACCAUUUACAGAAAAGGAUUGUCGCAACUACAUUGAUAAAGUUAAACGGUUGAAGUUUGGAGAAGGUGAUGCUGAAGCAAUUCAAAGAUAUUUCACGAAAGUUCACUCUUCAGAUCAUGAUUUUUUUUAUACAUGGGAAUUAGAUGAGGAAAAUCGACUAAAGAGUUUGUUUUGGGCUGAUGCGAGGUGUAGGGCAGCAUAUGAGGAAUUUGGGGAUGUUGUUACAUUCGAUACAACGUAUCUAACAAAUGAGUAUGAGAUGCCAAUGGCUCCAUUUGUAGGAGUAAAUCAUCAUGGGCAAUCAAUAUUGCUUGGUUGUGGAUUGAUUUCAAAUGAAGAUAAUGAGACAUUUACAUGGUUAUUCCAGUCAUGGCUUGCAUGUAUGUCAGGGAGUCCUCCUAAAGCCAUAAUAACGGAUCAGGAUCAAGCUAUGAAGAACACAAUACAAGUUGUCUUUCCUGAUGCGCGUCACAAGUGA